AUGUCUACAACACCAAUAGUAGAGCCACAACAACAAGCAGCACCUUUCUUGCCAACCCAACAAGCUUACACAUCACAUUCGGGUCAUGGGUCGGUAGGACCCGUAAUAGGAGUUCUUGCCAUAAUUAUCAUACUGGGUGCACUAGCUAUAAUGGUGGGUAGGCUUUGUUCGGGUCGGAGGAUAAUGGGUCAUGGGCAAUAUGAUUUUGAAAGCUGGGUUGAGACCAAAUGUGCUACUUGCCUUGAUGGUCGGGUCGACCCGGUUCCGACCCGGAUCGUAAUUCAGCAUCCGCCGGCGCCGGUGGAGACCGGUGAGAUGGAAAGAGGGGAAGAAAGGAGAGAGCAGGAGAGUGAGGAACAUGAACAUGAACAUGAACACGACACUACAAAUCAUCAUGACAGAAAUGAGUGUUGA